UCCAUUAUCAGUUAUCACAUCACUGCGCAAUUAUUGGUUUGUAAAAAUCAACUGGAAGAAGUAAACCAGUGUUGCCAAAUUUUCAAUUACUGAAGUCGCCAACAUAUCCACCAGAGCACUAACACUGUAAAAUAAUUAUGCUUUGAAAAAACUGAAAAAAGCAACUUGAAGAAGCAGUUCCAGAAGAUAGCAGAGGGAAUCAUCACGUGACUACCGUUGUAUUCAAUCUGUAUAUUCAAUUGUUUAUAAUGGCGUCGGAAAUUCGGUAUCCUAUUGGUCACAAACUAUUCGACCUUCAAAUGAUGUUUGCAUAGUUCUGUCUUAGUGCGUUGGCUAGUUUCGCAUUCAUUUGUUAUCGCCACAGACAGAGAUAAACAGAAACUGUAAAGCCGAGCAACACGUGGUUGGUAAGAUGAGUUCGUUCGACGAGAAAUUAAAAGCCUUUUCUGUUGAAUUAUUCAAAAUAAAUGCGAUAAAGUUCGGUGAUUUUAAAACUAAAGUUGGUCUCCAAACACCUGUUUAUGUCGAUUUGCGGGUAAUCGUGAGUUACCCUAAAUUGCUGAACGACCUGGCCGAUUUGAUUCUCGACUAUAAGAAAAAGUUACCCAAAUUCGAUAUUAUUUGUGGGGUCCCUUACACCGCUUUGCCUAUUGCAACUAUAGUUUCGGUAAAAAGUGAUAUUCCAAUGGUAAUGAGGCGAAAAGAGGCGAAAGAUUACGGGACGAAAAAACUAAUUGAAGGUCAAUUUAACGAAGGCGAUAAUUGUUUAAUUGUCGAGGAUGUUGUUACAUCCGGGAGCAGUAUUUUAGAAACAGUUCGAGAUUUAAAAAAUACGGGAAUAAAUUGUUUGGAUGCCAUUGUGUUACUGAACAGGGAGCAAGGAGGUGAAAAACUGUUGAAAAAAAAUGGUAUUAAAAUGCAUGCAUUGCUCACCCUCACACAACUGAUGGCCUUUCUGAAAGAAGCAAAUUGUGUCAAUGAAAGUAUUGUUGAGAAAGUUAAGACAUAUUUAAGUAGUACUCAGGUUGACCCUAGUGUUAUAAAAACAAACAAUAGACUUAAAUUACCCUUCUUAGAGCGAGCCAAAUUCACAAAAAACACGAUUUCGCAACAGUUGUUCAAAAUAAUGGCCUCUAAAAAAUCCACGUUAUGUGUGGCCGCUGAUUUGACUUCCUGUACCGACUUAUUGAAUUUAGCCGAACAAGUGGGCCCUCACAUUUGCCUCCUCAAAACCCACAUUGACAUCCUCGACGACUUCCAUCCCAACGUACUCAAACCUCUCAAAGAGAUCGCCGACCGGCACAACUUUCUCCUUUUUGAGGACCGAAAAUUCGCCGAUAUUGGACAAACCGUGCAAUUCCAGUACAGUAGAGGCUUGUACCAGAUCUCCUCAUGGGCUAGCUUAGUAACAACUCAUUCUUUGAUGGGUAAGGGUGUGUUAGAUGGGUUGAAACAAGCCCCGGGUUUGACAGACCGAGGAGUUUUCCUUUUGGCCCAAACAAGCGCCGCUGGAAGUCUCAUUGACCAGAAUUAUGUUGAUAAUUCAAUAAAACUCGCGAGACAGUAUGGAGAUUUAGUGACUGGGGUUGUUUGUCAGAGUGUGGUGUUUGAGGACGAACCGGGAUUCGUUCAGCUGACCCCAGGGGUGCAUUUGGAGUCACUUAAGGACAAUUUGAGCCAGCAAUAUAAUACACCAGAGGUUGUGGUGUUGCAGAGAGGGGCUGAUGUGGCCGUGGUGGGCCGUGGGGUGACGCAAGCCUCGAAUCCCGGGGAUGAAGCCAAGAGAUACAAAGAGGUAUUGUGGACCGCCUACGAGAAAAGAAUCAGUUUGUGAUUUUGUAUAUAAAUAAGGCUACUAAAUUGUUUUAAAAUUGUGUUAAAUUAAAAUCCCUGUCCUAGUGUAUUGUUGGUUAUAUAAUCAAUCAAAGUAGGUGUGACAACAAUUUGAAAAUCGCGCCAUACGACUUGCACCGAACACUCGCGAAUAAAUUUUUAUUUCUUUCAUUUCAAAUGUAAAUAAAUUGAAAUUUUUAAUUGAGCACAUAAA